AUGAGCGCUACAAAGGGCGGUUGGGGCAUCUGCGACCUGCGGGGUCAGAUCUCUCGAUCCGAUUUAGGAAGUGGAGCCCUGGAUUUACUUAAAUACGUGACUGUUUUCGAUGGGAGCGAUCUGCCCCAGCAUACCUUCGUGGAGCGUCGCGUUGGGAAUGCAUCUCAGGUAAUUGCUUCCUCAACCCUCAACUUGAGAAUCCCGUUGAUCCACUCACACUGGUUCAGGUUAGCCCAGAAGCUCGAAGCCCUUGCCGCAGCACCACAGAUGACAAAUCUCCUUUAUAAACUCUACAAAUUUUGCUUUGAUCCACCGCCGUGUUUCAUUGCAAAACUCCCUCCGGAAUUGCUCUCCGAAAUAUUUAUUCUCCACUGCCAGAGCGACCUCAGCAACGCCAGCGUCAUCGCCUCUGUUUGUACACGGUGGUGUGGUAUUAUAAUCGCAGAGUCCAGGCUUUGGACGUCCAGGAUAUCGGUGGAUGUUGAUGAUUUAGGCGAACUGUGCGACGCCGCAGACAUCCGUUCACCAAGCAUGCUUUUGUCCACCGCCCUCAGACGAUGGGAAGCCUUCAAGCUCGACUUCCGCCUUGUGGUUACCGAUUCCAUGGAAUUAGGAAAACAUAAGUUAGGGGGGUCCCUGUUCUCGACAUUGUUGCAACAUCGGUACCGCUGGAGGUCGGUACAUCUGAUUGUCGACCCGCCAGCCUUUGUCAUUAUCCCAUACUCCUUCAGAAACGACUUUGAUAGUCUGGAGUCGUUCAGCUUUGAAUUCCCUGGCUCAAACGAGGAUCCACCAAGGCGUCAUUCGGAUGAAUAUUACUUGAUGGACAUGCUACUAUCCGCAAUCGGUCACGCACCCAAUCUCACUUCCCUCAGUGUUGCCAUGUAUCCUCAGAACCACAAUUACCUUUUUCAACCCCGCAACUCACCUUCGAAUGUGUUCUCUCGACUGACGCACUUUGAGGCGCAACAAUGUGCCAUACCUUCGUUUGUCGCGAUCUUACGUGCUGCACGCACUUCUCUCGUUUCGUGUAGCAUCACCGCCUUCGCGCGCAUGCCCUACCUUCCCAUGGAAGCGUUUACAUUACCCAACCUGGAGGCUCUGACACUGCCGUACCCAAGCAGAGAAACCUUGUUCUAUCAUCAACUCCUCAUUUCAUUUGUCGUUCCUCAGCUGAAGGAGCUGACGUUUUGCGGACGUUUUGGUCACAUUGGCCUCGAGAUGGAGUUGAUUAGGACGUUUAUCCUGAAUUUGGGCUGCCACAUCCAAAAAUUGCAGCUUGCGCUGGGCGCCUCCAUGACAGACCUCGAGUUUGCUAGAUCUGAAUUGGUGGACAUGGACAUACCCUUAAUUACGCUUACAGAUCUCUGA